CUUCUAGAUUUUUAAGAGGUUUCUAUUGCCAUUUUAAAAACAAAUUUCAUUCACAUUUUUGUAAAUAAAUAAACAUCAACAGCUUUGUCUUAGGAUUUAAGGUUGUGGUACGACGUGCUGUAGCCCCAGCAGUUUAUGAAUCGCAAUCGCUCAGCUCAGUCAAACUGUAGUUGAUGCGGUUUGUUUUUAAAUUUUCCUCAUUCAGAAGUCUCUAAUGAUGGAUGAUGACAAUGUAUAUCGCCUGGAGGCACCAGGGCCUCAGGUGGGUGGGCUUAUUAUCAGGAAAAAAAAUGAUGACGUCAAGGAUUCUGUCUUCAAAGUCCCUGAAAUAAAGAAAUCUCUUCUUGGCCUUGACAGAUUAGCUGCUGCUCGGAGGAAAGAUAAAGACGAUGAUGACGAGGGUAGCAUUUCAAAGAAAUCACGGGUCAUGUCGUAUCGUGAUGGUGGUGAUGAUGAUGACGACAGUAAUGAAGUUGAUGCAAAUGUUAAAGUUGCUAAACCAAAAAUUGAACGGAAUUACCGUUCCACUGGAGAAGAAACUCCCACUCAUACUGGAGGUAUUUCUGAUGCUGCAAGGAACCGAUUGGCAGAACAUACUGCCAAAAAGGAUAGGGGCAUUCAUCUCUCCUCCAAAAGUGACAAUCGUUCUCAUGCUGAAGAAAAGAGUGAUAGAGAUCGUAACAGAGAUAGGUAUUGGGACAAUGACAGAAGAAGAGAUAAGGAAAGAGAACGAAACAGGGACAGAAACAGAAAUAGAGAUAUGGAUAGAGACCGAAAAAGAGACAGGGAGAGAGGAAGGGAUAGAGACAGACACAGAGAGAGGAGUGAGAAAGAAGAUGGUGACCGUAGGCGCAGGACUGAUGGCUCAGAGCGGAGUGAUCGUAGUAGCGAUAGAGGAUCUAGCAGCUCUAGGGAGUGGUUAGAAACUCCUCGUUUUUGUGACGAACCUCGCACCCCAUCUUUCAAUGUGAAGGACACACCCUCCAGGUCAAAUUGGGAUGAAGAUGACCCUACUCCAGGACGCAAAUCAGCUUGGGACUUACCAACUCCUAAUGUUCAUAAAUCAGGGGACUCAGAUUGGUCAGAAAGAUCCUUUAGACGGAGAACUGAUCGGCCAGAGAGAAAAGAUCGUAUUGAUGAUACUCCUCGUCCGACCCCUGCUCAUAAAUACAAUACAUGGGCGAAAGACCGCAAAAAAACUGGUGCAACACCAGCUGUAGGUAAAGAAGAUGGUAUCCAAUGGGCUCAAGAUGAAGAUAGAGAACUUUGGGAACAGGAACAGAAGCGACUGGACCGUGAAUGGUAUAACAUUGAUGAUGGCUUUGAUGAUACUCAGAAUCCUUUUUCAAAUUUAAGUGAAGAGUAUACUAAAAAGAAGGAAGAACAGCUGGAACAGAGGAAGAAGAAAAGAAUGUCUGCCCAACAACGACAGAUUAAUAAGGACAAUGAAUUAUGGGAACGUAAUCGAAUGUUGACUUCUGGUGUUGUUCAAUCAGUAGAUGUAGAUGAUGACUUUGAAGAAGAAACUGAAGCAAGAGUGCACCUUCUUGUUCACAACAUAGUUCCUCCAUUUCUUGAUGGAAGAAUUGUUUUUACUAAGCAGCCAGAACCAGUGGUUCCUGUAAAGGAUCCAACAUCAGAUAUGGCCCUUACAUCCAGAAAAGGAUCAGCCCUUGUGCGAACAUAUCGAGAACAGAAAGAAAGGAGGAAAGCUCAAAAAAAACACUGGGAGUUAGGAGGAACAACCAUUGGAAAUAUUAUGGGAAUUAAGAAGAAGGAGGAGGAAGAUGUUGGAAUGGGUGAAGAUGAUCGUGCAGACUACAAAACAGAGCAGAAAUUUGCUGAACACAUGAAAGACACACCAGCCGCAUCCAGUGACUUUGCAAAAAAGAAAACUAUAUUAGAACAGAGAAGAUAUCUUCCAGUGUUUGCUGUUCGGCAAGAGCUUCUCAAUGUUAUAAGAGAAAACAAUGUUGUUAUUGUUGUGGGUGAAACUGGCAGUGGUAAAACCACUCAAUUAACACAGUACUUACAUGAGGAAGGUUACAGUAAAUAUGGAAUGAUUGGCUGCACUCAACCGCGUCGUGUUGCGGCAAUGUCAGUUGCAAAGAGAGUUUCUGAUGAAAUGGGAACUGAGCUUGGUCAAGAUGUUGGAUAUGCCAUUCGUUUUGAAGAUUGUACAUCUGAGAAAACUAUCAUAAAGUACAUGACAGAUGGUAUCUUGUUACGUGAAUCAUUAAGAGAAUCAGAUUUAGAUCAUUACAGUUGCAUUAUUAUGGAUGAAGCCCAUGAGCGAUCACUGAAUACUGAUGUUCUCUUUGGCUUAUUGAGAGAGGUUGUGGCUCGAAGACAAGACUUAAAACUUAUUGUGACUUCAGCUACUAUGAAUGCAGAAAAAUUUGCUGCUUUCUUUGGAAACGUGCCAUCUUACAUUAUUCCUGGACGAACAUUUCCAGUUGAUGUACUUUUCAGUCGAAAUCCAGUUGAAGAUUAUGUUGAUGCAGCUGUUAAACAAUCUUUGCAAAUACAUUUGCAGCCAUUAGAAGGAGAUAUUCUAGUUUUCAUGCCUGGCCAAGAAGAUAUUGAAGUUACCUGUGAAGUACUCGCAGAACGUCUUGGAGAAAUAGAUAAUGCACCAGCACUUUCUAUUUUACCCAUAUAUUCCCAGUUGCCCUCUGAUCUUCAAGCAAAAAUUUUUCAACGGUCACCAGAAAAUAUACGGAAGUGUGUUGUUGCCACAAACAUUGCUGAAACUUCUCUCACAGUCGAUGGUAUAAUAUAUGUGGUAGACGCUGGCUACUGUAAGCUGAAGGUGUACAAUCCCAGAAUUGGUAUGGACGCUCUUCAAAUAUAUCCCAUCAGCCAGGCGAAUGCCAAUCAACGAUCUGGAAGAGCAGGACGAACAGGACCUGGGCAGUGUUACAGAUUGUACACAGAGCGCCAGUACAAAGAUGAACUUUUAGCUUCAACAGUGCCAGAAAUUCAACGUACCAAUCUUGCAAAUACUGUACUCCUCUUAAAAUCUCUCGGUGUGCAAGACCUUUUGCAGUUCCAUUUUAUGGAUCCACCUCCACAGGACAAUAUUUUGAACUCACUUUACCAGCUGUGGAUAUUGGGCGCCCUUGACAAUACUGGAACUCUUACUCCUCUUGGAAGGCAAAUGGCUGAGUUUCCUCUAGAUCCUCCACAAUGCCAAAUGCUCAUUGUAUCUUGUCAAAUGGGUUGUUCAGCAGAUGUGUUAAUUAUUGUAUCAAUGCUCUCUGUGCCCUCCAUUUUUUAUCGACCAAAAGGGAGAGAAGAAGAAGCUGAUGCUGUGAGAGAAAAGUUCCAAGUUCCAGAGUCUGACCACUUGACUUACUUGAAUGUUUAUAACCAGUGGCGUACAAACAAUUAUUCUGCAUCUUGGUGCAACGAACAUUUCAUUCAUGUGAAAGCAAUGAGAAAAGUUCGCGAAGUUCGCCAACAACUGAAAGACAUAUUGGAUCAACAAAAGCUUGAUUGUGUGUCUUGUGGAACAAAUUGGGAUAUAAUCAGAAAAUGUAUCUGCUCAGCAUAUUUCCAUCAAGCUGCGCGUCUGAAAGGUAUAGGGGAAUAUGUUAACAGUCGCACUGGUAUGCCAUGCCAUCUCCAUCCAACAUCAGCAUUAUUUGGCAUGGGCUUCACUCCUGAUUAUGUUGUUUAUCAUGAACUCAUCAUGACUGCCAAAGAAUACAUGCAAUGUGUAACUGCUGUGGAUGGCCAAUGGUUAGCAGAACUGGGUCCGAUGUUCUUCUCUAUUAAAGAAACCAAUAAGUCUGGCCAGGCUAAGAAACGCCAGGCACAGCAACAUUUAGCUGACAUGGAAUCACAGAUGAAGGAAGCUGAAGCUGAAAUAAUUGCCCGCAAAGAAGAACAAGAACGCAAAUUCCUGGCCAGUCAGCGAUCGGGAGAUAUAGUAACACCGGGCACUCGGGAACCUAACACACCUGCAACACCUAGGCGAACACCUGCCAGACUCGGACUCUAAAUGUACUUUUUUUUUUUGGAACAAAAUCAAGAAAAUCAAUUUAUGAAUAUAUAAUUUUAAUAGACAAAAUGAACAUCAAUUUU